AUUACAUUUCAGGGGGCGUGUGGAAGUUGCUGGACUUUUUCCACAACUGGCUGUUUGGAGUCCGUUACUGCUAUCUCCACUGGGAAGCUCGUGCCACUGUCAGAACAGCAGCUGGUAGAUUGCGCCCAGGAUUUCAACAACCAUGGAUGUAAUGGCGGUCUUCCCAGUCAAGCAUUUGAGUACAUCAUGUACAACAAGGGACUGAUGACAGAGAAGGAUUACCCAUACACAGCUGUGGAGGGUGUAUGUUAUUAUGAACCAUCUAUGGCUGCUGCUUUUGUGAAGGAAGUGAGGAACAUAACAGCGUACGACGAGAUGGGAAUGGUUGAUGCUGUUGCCACUCGCAAUCCUGUUAGUUUCGCCUUUGAGGUAACCAGUGACUUCAUGCAUUACCACCAGGGUGUGUACACCAGCACUAAAUGCCACAACACAACAGAUAAGGUGAAUCAUGCUGUGCUAGCUGUUGGCUAUGGACAAGACAACGGUACCCCCUACUGGAUAGUGAAGAACUCAUGGGGACCUUAUUGGGGCAUAGACGGGUACUUCCUUAUUGAAAUGGGAAAGAAUAUGUGUGGACUCGCUGCCUGCUCAUCUUUUCCAGUGGUGUGAUCUUAUUACAUGACAUGUCUCACAAAAUUAGGGCACAGUGAGCGAUUUUUUUAACCAUAGCAAUACAAUGCUAUUCUCUUCAUUUGAUUGAAGAGUUUUAAUCUCUACUAAGCCAUUAUUAUGCAAUGGAUUGAAUUAUAUUGACAUUUAUGUGUAAUUGUGAUAACUGAGCUGAUCAAAUUGUUGUUUAUUCUUUCAUACAUCAAACUCAAAAAUAAAAUAUUUUAAACUUU